CCCACCCUGGGACUCUGUCGCCGCUGGGAGUCGUCGUCUAUCAAUCUCCUCUCCUAAUCAGCAAACAUGGCGUUGUCGGGCAGCAGCAGUGAAUUUGGGGAAGACAUGAUUAGGGAGGUGAUGCUCCGGCUUCCCGUCAAAUCCCUCAUCCGAUUCAAAUGCGUCUCCAGAUUUUGGCACGCCCAGAUCACCAGCCCUGAUUUCAUUGCAAAACAUCUCCAGAUCUCGAAAUCAAUCUCCUGCAAUUCCCGCACCCAUAUGAUCUUCCGAGAGCACUGCUUCGGGAGUCGGGAAAAGGGCGCCUGCCUGAUUUCCAGGAAAUCACGUCAAGAAGAACCUGCAGUUGAUGAUGCUAUGGAAAUCGAGCUCCCUUUGCGCGAAGAAGGUUUUAUGGUUUGCUCAGUUUAUGGCCAAUGUGAUGGGAUUUUUUUGUCUGGUAGGAUGCUUUCCAAAUCACCAUGCUACCCAUCAAAAGACGAGUCUAUUGUGGAACCCUGCAACAAGAGAAGUGAGGGUUCUGCCUCAGGAUGAUGAAUUAGAUGGGCAAUUUAAUCCAAUCUUCGGAUUAGGGAUGGAUCCGAUCACAAAGCAUUACAAGGUUGUUCGGUUAAGUGGUUGGAAGUAUAGCGACAUGAGGUCUCCGUUUCUGAUUAAGGGGGGUGUACAAUCUUAGCACUAACGAUGAUACAUGGAGAAGAACACAACACUGUGAUUCAAGAGCCCCCACUGUUUUUCGUCCCCCUAAUAGCGCAAAGACUAGGACUUUAUUGAAUGGCAGGUACCAUUGGCUGAGCAUGGAAUGGUUUAUGGGUUCUACUGAUACCUUCUGGGUCAUUGUCUUCUUUGAUUUUAGUACAGAGAUGAUGGGGACGAUGCCGAGCCCUCCCACUGGCUCUGACUUGUAUAAAGGUGAUGUCAUUGUGGCUCAUGAUAAACUUGCUUUGGUUGUUCACGAUCGCGAAAAGCGUUUCCAGUUUGAUGUUUGGGUUAUGACUGAAUAUGGUGUGGAGAGUAGUUGGACUAAAAGUUUUACGAUUGGAACUCAUCCCCACAUUUAUUAUUUCUUUUCGAUGUGGGGACAUGAUCAUGUUCUUGGAACACGUAGAACUCAAUGUGUCUGGCAUGAUCAAGACUAUAAACGACCUGAAACUGAACUUGUCUCAUACAAUAUUACCAGCCAACAGGGCAGAGGGAGGGGGAGCCCGUAGCUACUAGCGGAUUCUACCAUCGUCAUCUUCUGAGAGAGUGCCCCGCCGUGCACGACACAUCGUAAGUUUUCAGGUUAAAUGAGGCGGCAAUCCUUAGAGCAUGUGCAGUGGCCCUCCAAACCCUUGCACACCCCUUCCGCGUGGGGCUGCCGUUCCACCAUGCAAAGCAUAGGAGGCGUGAGGCACUUUCCUCUUCAU